CUUCUUCCCCAUUUUGAAGAUGUCAUCAAUGGAAGAUUCGAAAGCGAAGGCGCGUUUGGCUGUGCUUGCUGCCCACUUGGCGGCUCCUGAUUGGUCCUCCAACAACCCGAAUUCCUCCGUCCUUGAGCCGUGGUGCGUGUCAGCUCAGGCCGCCCCUUCCUCCGUUGGCGGUUUGUUGACCGUCGUUGACGAGCGAACCGGGAAGAAGUACCAGGUCCCUGUCUCCCACGAAGGCACCGUCCGAGCUACCGAUUUUAAAAAGAUAACGACAGGGAAAGAUCACAAGGGGCUGAAAAUUUAUGAUCCGAGUUAUUUUUUUUUUAUAAAAUAG